GCAAUCUGCUGCCGUCGUUAAUCAACCCUCAAGCUCGAGCUCGCACCUGGCAAGAAACAUGGGAUCCUCAAGAGAUAACGACCAAAUCGUGGAAUUCGAGGAUGAUGAUGUGGAGGAGAGUAUGGCUCGUACAAGGCUCAGCCUAAUUGGAAGAUUAUUCAUGGACAACAUGCCGACUCCUUUGCUCCAACGCAUCGUCAACAAUCUGUGGAGAUGCAGUGCUCCUGUGGCG